AACCAGAAGCCCUAGUUGUAGCCGGCAGACUCCAAUCUUCACAUCUCCUUCAUCUCGGUACCAACCAUGACCUUCAAGCGCCGGAACGGAGGCCGCAACAAGCACGGCCGCGGCCAUGUCAAGUUCAUCCGCUGCUCCAACUGCGGCAAGUGCUGCCCCAAGGACAAGGCUAUCAAGAGGUUUCUUGUGAGGAACAUUGUGGAGCAAGCUGCUGUACGGGACGUGCAAGACGCCUGCGUUUAUGAUACAUAUACUCUGCCUAAGCUGUAUGUCAAGAUGCAGUACUGUGUUUCAUGUGCCAUCCACUCUCACGUUGUGAGAGUUCGAUCUCGCACUAAUAGGAGGAAGCGUGAGCCACCACAGCGCUUCAUCAGACGCAGGGAUGACAUGCCGAGGCCUGGUCAGCCAGGUCAAGCUCCUCGCCCUACUGCUCGUGCUUGAGUUUUAUGACGUUUAACAUGGAUUUCUAUAAUGUCAAGCAACUUUGAUAACUCAAUUUAUGUAGAAGGUUUCGGAUUUUAUUUUACAGAAUUUUGUUACUGCAGAAGUAUGCUUGUUGGAAAUUGCAUUUUUAUUUCCUUGAAUAUCUUUCUUCACCUAAAACUCUAUAAUGUAUCCGUUGCCGGCUGAGGCCGCAUGCAUGCGAUGCAAAUUUGAUAUCUGCACAUGGUUUAGAGAAGAAUCCUUCUAAUUGAAUAGCUUUCUUUGAACUUCUUCCUCAGCUUAUUUUUUGGUAUGUCUCCUUUGCACUUGUUUGUUGAAGGAAAAAUAAAAAUAAAAUGUUGUC